AUGACUGAUACCCAGAAACCUAAAUUCACUAUUCCACCUCCUGAUAAAGCCUCAAAGCCUGAAAUGCUACGUGCCCUUGAUGGUCCAAGUGGGGUUGGUAAAGAUGCUGUUAUCAAGAAAUUGAGACAAGUUAGAGAAAGUUUGCAUUUUGUUGUGACUGCUACUAGUAGGCCAAUGAGAGAAGGUGAGGUUGAUGGUAAAGAUUAUUAUUUUGUGUCAAAGGAAGAAUUUUUAUCAAUGGUAGAGAGAAAUGAAUUGUUAGAGUAUGCACUUGUCUAUGGUGAUUAUAAAGGGAUACCAAAAAGGCAAAUUCGGGAGUCUAUGGCAAAAGGGCAUGACAUAGUUUUGAGAGUCGAUGUACAAGGAGCUGAGACUUUGAGGAGGAUUUUGGGGAAUUCUGCUGUCUUUAUAUUUUUAGUGGCGGAGAGUGAGUUGGAACUCGUGGAGAGGUUGAUUGAUAGGAAGACUGAGACUAGCGAGGCUUUGCUUGUGAGGAUUGCGACCGCGAGAGAGGAGGUGAAGCAUGUUAGGGAUUUCGACUAUGUGGUAGUGAAUGGUGAAGGGAAGUUGGAUGAUGCAGUUAAGUUGGUGGAAUCUAUUAUUGAUGCUGAGAAGGCCAAGGUCCAGCAAAGGAGGGCUGUGAUUUAG